UCAACAGUUGAGUGAAUGAGUUUUCUUUCUCAUUUUGUUUGUUUAUUAGAAUUCAGACUAUAUAAACAUACAGAUAAGUAUCUAGUCUAGAACUAGAAAGAAGAGUAGCCAAACAGGAAAUAUAGCUUCUCGAAUCAUCAUUUUCACAGGUGUAACAUGUCAACUAUUGCCGUUCCCUCAUCUUGCCUGCUCAAAGGUGCACCAACAAUUAAAUCCUCUGCAUUUACCAAGCCUCGGUGUGAAUUAAGUUCUGUAAAGUGUAUUUCCAGAGCAUUUGGCUUGAAGUCCUCCUCCAAUUUCAAAGCCACAGCAAUGGCAAUAUACAAGGUGAAAUUGAUAGGGCCUGAUGGUAAUGAGAACGAGAUCGAAGUACCCGAUGAUCAAUACAUUCUUGAUACUGCAGAAGAUGCAGGAAUGGAAUUGCCAUAUUCAUGCAGGGCUGGUACUUGUGGAACAUGUGCAGGGAAAUUGAAUUCCGGAUCAGUAGACCAAUCCGAAGGUUCGUUCCUCGAUGAGAGCCUCAUCGAGAAAGGCUACGUCUUGACUUGCAUUUCGUACCCGAGGGCGGAUUGUGUUAUUCAUACUCACAAGCAAGAAGAACUCAUGAAUUGAGAAACGUUUGGUGUGUAAAAGGUUCCCCGUGAAGGAAGGGUGUGCAAUAGGUAUUUAGGUACAUGCUCAGGGGUAAACAAUGCAUUAAGCAUUUAAGUUUUAUACCAUAUUAAUGCAUAAAGCAGAGAAUAAAUUUACAAUUGAAGUCUCAUACCAUAAUCAAGCCAUAUAAGAAUGACUAGCCAUGCAUGUUUUUUAGAAGCUAUAUAAAGAUAGAUCCAUGUUUUGAAUUA